UUAUAGCAGCUGUUAAUGAUAACAUGGCGGAAACUAAGGACCAAGUUCAGCUCGAUGACUCCAUCUUGUUCAAAACAAUAGCUUCCGGUUGUUCGUCAGAGGUUCUGAAACUUUUGAGACUGUGUGAGCAACAAACUACUCAUUUUUCUACCCACGCUCUGAAAUGGGCUGUUUUUGAGGCUUGUAAUGAAGGCCACGCCGAAUUUCUCCAGUUCCUUCUGGAAGAUGGCUCGCGUUUGGAACUCAGAGACGACAACGGAAACACUCCUCUUUUGAUUUGCUCCGCGAAAGGAUUUUUACGAAUUGUGGGUAAACUCUUGAGGCUCGGGGCUGACGUCAAUGCUAAAAAUAACAACGGGGAUACUGCUCUGAUGCUGGCUACGUCAAGUAAAGUAAUUCAGUGUUUAAUAGAAGACAGCCGUAUACAUCUAGAUGAACGAAACUCGACUGGGUACACUGCUUUAAUGUCAGCCAUCGAGACAUCUCAUCUCAAGAAAGUCAAAUUGUUGAUCAAUGCUGGAGCUAACCCAAACCAAACAUCCGAGAAACACUCACAGAGUGGUUUGAUUUCUUUGGAUGAUGCUCUUGUCAACAAUUCAAAUGAAUGUGCUUUUGAUGUGGCCAAAAGAAAGGGCUUCAGUAAACUGCUGGAGUUGCUGUAUCGUGCCAAAUUAGAAAACGUACAUCCCUUGAAGUUGGCGGCUGUUGAAAAUGAUUUUGAGACAUUCAUGGCAUUGCUUCAGCAUAACUUAUGCGAUAGAGAGGAAACUCAAAAUAUUCGGCCUGACAUCCUCUGUUUUAUUUUUCGGAAAAGGAAUCUAAGGUCAUUUUUUCUCUAUUCUAAUAAUAGGCUUAUUGAAAAGCUAUGUAGGCUGGGCGUAAAUGUCAAUAAAUGUCAGUGCUGUACGAUGUCACCCUUGGAGUUCAUUCUUGACAAUGGAUAUUACAAACUGACAGAAAUUCUUUGUGCCCAUGGUGCUAACGUCACCCACAACGAUCUGCUGUACGCUCUUCGCACGAAUCGCAUCCAGAUGAUUCCACUUCUGAUAAAGCACGGGGCACCUGUCAAUCGCUAUGACCAACGUGGCCGCUGGAUUUACGACGGUUCGGCUCUGGAUAUAGCUUUGGAAAAGUCUUUAAUAAGUACAGCCAGCCUCCUUUUGGACCACGGUGCUGCUCUCGACCCUUUUUGGGCAGUGUUAAAAGCUUUGAGAAGCAAGAACUCAAUGACGGUAAACUUCCUCAUGAAGGAGUGUGUUGAAGUGAACAAACCAGAAACUUUGAUACGAGUUGUCAAGCUAGAAGACAUUCAGCUCAUUCAGCUUCUGCUAGACGCAGGGGUGGACAUUGACGGGGUCCACGACAAUAAGACUCCUUUAAUGAGCACUAUCCACAUCAAAAUUAUAAACUUUUUAUUAAGCAAAGGAGCCAAUGUCAACUUCAAAACAAACACAACACCUUUGAUCAACGCAAUCUCAUGGGAUUAUUUAGCCGCUGACCAAAGACUUAAUCCGAAAGAGAUGGAGGAACAACUGUUACUUAGUAUAGAGACCUUUCUAAAGUACGGUGCGAAUUUAGAAGACACAGAUGUGAAUGGGUUUACGCCUUUGACAGCAUCUGUUCAAAGUAGCCUUGGCGUAGCGGUUCUCAAAUAUUUGCUUGAGAAGGGAGCAGACGUGAACAGAAGAAACAAAAAUGGUUUGACAGCGCUGCACAUUGCAGUGAUGACGAAACAAUUUGAUUGUGCGGAGACUCUCUUGAAAUACGGCGCUGACGUGAAUCUGAACUGUUAUCUGACAGCUGGUUCGGGUCAAGAUGACAUGCGAGAGAAGUCUGCUUUGUCUAUAGUACUUGACCAAUGGCUCCCCAGUGAAUAUGUUCAGCAAAUGGCUUCAAUACUAAUAGACCAAGGUGCUAGUACAGAAUUAGUCAGACGAGACAUCAUUCAUCGACUCAUCGCUGCUGGUAAUGAUGGCGUACUGAUACAGAAAUUAAUGAAGUCUGGGAUUUAUCCAAAAGAUAUAAUUGUUAAGAAUAGCCUCUGGCUUGAGACUUCUGUAUCGCCACUCGCCUUUUCCCUUAUUCUACAUAGACUGGACUUCGCACAAUAUUUUAUCGAGAACUGGUAUUUAACGGGCUCAGACGUCAAAAUUUUAUCAAGAAAUAAACACGUCCUUAGAUGCUUGAAACUACGGAAAUCCAAAGCUCUCCCGUAUCUGAAGCAAGUUUCCCGUCAGCCUAUGAAAUUGGAGCUUUUGUGCUUCAUUAAAGUCUCGUCUGCUUUAGGUUCAGACCAGGGCAGACGACAAAGGGUACAUCACUCUGAACUCCCAGUGGUAUUGCAGAACCAGCUCUUAUUCUCAAACCUCAAGCAUAGAGUCCAUGGGAUCCGGCGAUCAGUGACUAGUAAAUUUUAUUAUAGAUGGUUUUUACAAACAAUUUAAAUGGGAAGAUGUCAUUGUCAGAGUCCUUUACUCAGAUAUUUCCUUAGCCUUGGAUAUAUAUAUAUAUUUAUUGUGUCAAUUAGGUGACGUCUAUGUA